AUGGAGUUUCAGUUAAUUUUUGCUCACACGGAAGCCCUUGUAGGCAACAAAAAUGUCAUUAAGCUCCUGAAGACUGCAGAGUUGAAAGCCAUCGUUGUGGAUGAAGCACAUCUCGUUGUUGACUGGUGAGUGCUACAUGUGUAUGUUGUGGUUUAUUUUUUUAUCUCAGGUAAUUUUUCUUUUUCUUUUAUUGUUGGGUAUGGUUAUUAUAUGCCAAUGUUUUGAGAUAAAAAAUUAACUACAACAUAUAUAUAAAUAUAUAAGCUUAUGAUGUUACAGGUCAAAUUUGAUUUCGGGUUAAAUUUUUUAACCUAGGUUGAUUCUCAGUUUUCUUUGUCCCCUAGCCCUAAUUCAACAAAACAAAGAAAAUUGAGAAUCAACCUAAGUUAAAAAAAUUUAACCUGAAAUCAAAUUUGACCUGCAACAUAUAUCCACUCCAGAUAGCAUAGUUAAAAGCAGUAGUAAUGAUAAUGCAGAAUUUGUGCGAUUAAGAAAAAAACCUGUUUGGAUAAUUUAUUCUAAAAUGUUCCAUUGUGUGGUUCUAGGAAAUAACACUACCAAUCUGAACCCCAUGGAGGGAAAUAAUUUUCCAACGGUUAAGCAGAAGGUCUAUACCUAUUCCUGUGUUUCAACCCAAAUGAAACCUACAGGCAGAGGGGAAUAAAGAUAUUUUCUUGAAAAACAUGUUACCAGCAUAUUCAAAGGUAUCCAGUCUGAAAGAUAUCCAAAAACGUUAUGGCUUAUUAAGAGAGUGGUAUGGGUACUUUUCUUUUAGGAAGGAUUUUAGACCAUCCUAUGGGAAGCUGGCAACAAUAGGAAGCAUUCUUCCACAAGUACCAUUGCUUGGUCUCACAGCCACUGCUACCAAAAAGACCAGAACUGACAUCAUUGAGUCCCUGGGCAUGGUUAAUGCAUUUGAAAUCCUUGGAAACCCUGACCGACCAAAAUAUUUAUUUUUCAUCAUCCUCUAG